CGUAGAUCAUUUUUCCAAAAUUCCCAUCUUUCCUCGUACCUCCGUGUGUCACGAUUGUACAGCGAUCGUACAUGUUUUACGAGCGUUACUAUCAAAAUAUAAACGAACCACGUUAUCGCUAGAAAAUGGUGAUAAUUUGUGCGGGUGCUCUCUCGACGUUCGUCGAUCGUACAAUCGCGCGACGCUGAAUUUUAUCGAUCUUUCGCGAGUGAAAAAUAACCCAAGUGAUCUAUAUUCCAAAAAAAAAAAAAAAAAAAAAUAGAAAAGUACAAGGAGAAAAAAUGUGGAGAAGAUGAAGAACAAGAAUAAAACUACACGACAGAGUAUCGAAAAGAAGAUCGAGAAAACCUACUACGUCGAAUCCCCGAUUUCUAUUGAAAUGGCAAAUUGAAUCGUCCGCGACAGUUUCCCUGGGAAUGGUAUAAAUGAUAAAAAUAAAUCGAGAUUUUUCCUAUUAAACGAAACGAUACAAUUUCGUAGCCGGGUAAUUCCACGGGGGAAAAUAAUCGUAGAUCGUUCGGUUAGGUUUACCUUGGGCCAAGUGACCCAUUAACGAUCGAGAACGAUCGUACUUUGUUGACUCGAUAUCGGGCUAUCGAGCCUCGCGACAGAAUGCUUUGUUUACCCGGUGACAAUUAUUUCUCGCAGAUACAAAUGUGUGUACACUUAAAAUAGAACGAUUUGUCGAAACGGUUCUUCCCCAAAUAUAUAGAUAUAUAUACACACAAAGGUAUUUACAAACAUUUUCCCAACCGUGGCGUUUCUAUUUUAAAUGCGCGACGAUCUACGCCAUCGGACUCCUUUACCGGGAGAUGUUACUCGGUUGAUUGGAAGCUUGGAGAACGUUUAGUUCAUCGAUCUAGAAGAUCUAUCAUUAUGAACACGUCCAGCGAGGAUGGAAACGAUCUGCACGAUUUCUGGAGAGAUUGGGAUCUGAAGAAUUUAACGGAGGCCGAAUACUUGACCAAAGUACUCGGACCGAAAUAUUUGCCUAUGAGAAUGGUGAUACCGCUUACUAUAGCUUACGUGGCGAUCUUUGUCACCGGUAUAUUCGGAAACGUGGCCACUUGCAUCGUGAUCAUGAGAAAUCCAUCGAUGCAAACAGCUACCAAUUACUACUUGUUCAGCCUGGCCAUAUCCGACGUUAUUCUACUUGUUCUGGGAUUACCUAACGAGCUGAGCCUCUUCUGGCAACAGUAUCCAUGGGUUUUAGGGGUUGGUCUGUGCAAGAUCAGAGCGUACGUGUCGGAAAUGUCGUCGUACGUAUCGGUUCUCACGAUCGUCGCGUUCUCCAUGGAAAGAUAUUUGGCCAUUUGUCAUCCGCUUCGCGUUUAUACGAUAAGCGGUCUCAAGAGACCGAUACGUUUCAUUUUAGCCGCAUGGUCCAUCGCGCUGGUCUGCGCUAUUCCGUUUGCAAUCUAUACGAAAGUCAACUUGGUUGAGUAUCCGCCAGAUUCCGGAAAAUACUCGGCAGACUCAGCUAUCUGUGCAAUGCUUCUGCCAUACAUGCCGGACUUCCCACUGUACGAGUUAAGCAGCAUCAUAUUUUUCUUGGUACCGAUGCUGGUGAUUUUGGUAGUCUACAUUCGAAUGGGUCUAAAAAUUCGAAGCAGUACCAAAGACACUGUACAUUCAGUCGUACAGGGUGCAAUUCACGGAGACACUAAACAAGUUCAAUCUAGAAGAUCUGUGAUUAAAAUGUUAAGCGCUGUGGUUAUUUUAUUCUUCUUCUGUUGGGCACCGUUUCACGCUCAGAGGCUGCUCUACGUCUACGCCCAAGAGUCCGACUACUAUCCGGACCUAAACGAAUGGCUCUACAUCUUAAGUGGGUGUCUCUAUUACUUCAGCACCACGGUCAAUCCCAUUUUGUAUAAUUUAAUGAGCAUGAAGUACCGUCGCGCUUUUAAACAAACCAUCUGCUGCAAAACGAGGAAACCCGGGAGAAGGAGUUGGCCAACGAGAGAUUCUCAAACGUGCGACAGCAAUUCGAACGGGAAAGCUCGUAAUUUUCGAUGUUCCGUGAGGUACACUAUCAGUCAGGCGAAGGAAAUGUUUCGAUUCACUGCGAGUCGAGAGAGCGUGGGAAAAGAUGGGAACAUGAACGAUAAUGUUCCUCGUAAAUCUUACAUGCUAAGGAAGGAGGAUUCGACGUCGAAACCUCUUCUCAAUCGACUGCACUCCGCCGCGCAGGAACAGAGGAACAACGCGAGUCCGGCGUGCAAAACGAAAGAGGAGAAAUCGAUGUCUACGUCGAGUAGCGUUUUUUAAUGUAACAAAGGAAAUUUUCCGGUGUGGUGAUCAUAGAUAUUGAUGAAACCUCGGUGUGUGGUAGUAUUGAAAAAAAUAUUCGACACGUACUUUUUCUUAUUGGCAAUUGUGAACAGCGAAGGGGUGAAAAUCGCCCUCAUAGUUUUGGAGAGAAAUGUAAGGUAAAAACGGUCAGGAUAACGGUGGUGAGCGGUGGAAUAAAAUAUAAACGU